GUGACUCUGUAAGCAGCUAAACGAAAGGCUGAAGCUGGAGUAUUCAUGGCUAAAUUGAAAGCUAACAAUACACAGGCAAAUUUUAUUGGGUGGGUUUUGCUGCCCUAAUGUGCAACAGUAAGAUAGAUACCUAUCAAUGACAGUGUGCUGAAGAGGCAUACCUCUCUCUGCGUGCUGUGAUUAUGUAGUUAGCGAUGAAUGAAACAGUAGUUGAAUUACGACUUGAGUCCACAUCACGCGCUGAUCAGCUGUCGCCGGAUAUAUGAUGGCGAAGGAGCUGAGACGCUUUUGGAAGCUGUUUGGGUCACUGAGCCGUAUUAGCACUUUUUCGCUUGUAUUCAUGUUUGUGCAUUGUCAUACGUGUAAACAUCAAGUUCCAUCUCAAUCUGAGGUUGUCCAUAAAGUAUACCUAAAGUCUGAAAGAUUAACCAAAAGAAGCUCUGAUCAACAAUUGAAGAUAACAAUCAUUUAUGAUGCAAGUGUGGACAAGUUAACUUCAGAAAAAAGAAGACUUGUGAAGGAUAAGCUUUUUCCACAAGCAAUUGAUUAUCUACAGAAGGCAUUUCAGGUUCGCCAGCAAACAGGCCCUAUAUUACUUAGCAGACAAUGUGCGACCAAUCAGUACCUGAGAAAGAAAGAUGACCCUCACCGGUAUUGCCAGGGAGCAUGUGCAGAUAUCACGAAGUGUGGACCUGUCAUUGUUCCUCAGCAUCAUCUGCAGCAAUGCAAGGUAUGCGGGGAGACCGGGAUAUCGUGCGGCUCGACGGGACCCCCGGACGGGGAGGGGGUGGAGGGGGCCGACUUUGUCCUCUAUGUCAGUGGGGUGACAACAGGACGCUGUGGGCAGGAGAACAUUGUGGCCUUCGCCGCAUACUGUCAACUGGAGGCUGAGCUAGACAGGCCCAUUGCUGGGUAUGCCAACCUGUGCCCGAAUAUGAUAUCCACUCAAUCUCAAGAGUUCGAGGGCAUGCUGUCAACUGUUAAACAUGAAAUCAUACAUGCCCUGGGUUUUUCCGCGGGGCUGUUUGCAUUUUAUCAUGACGAUAAUGGCAAGCCAUUGACACCUCGAUUUGCAAGUGGACUCCCAGCGUUCAAUGAGAGUUUAGGAUUGUAUCAGUGGAGUGAUGCCGUGAUACAAAGAGUGACUCGAUUGUGGGACACCCAUGGUGGUGUGAUGGUUCGGCAUGAAGUGCAUCUUGUAGUGACACCCCGUGUUGUGGAGGAGGCCAGGAGACACUUUGGCUGUCCCAUCCUGGAAGGUAUGGAGCUGGAGAACCAGGGAGGGAUAGGCACUGAGCUCAACCACUGGGAGAAGAGGCUGCUAGAGAACGAAGCAAUGACUGGAUCUCACACCCACAACCGAGUGUUUUCUCGGAUCACUUUGGCCAUCAUGGAAGAUACUGGUUGGUACAGAGCCAACUAUAGCAUGGCAGAGAGGCUGGACUGGGGCAAGGGCCUCGGCUGUGACUUUGUGAUGAAAAGCUGUAAAUUCUGGAUUGAGAAGCAACGCCAGAGUCGUAAAGUGUUGACCCCUUACUGUGACACAGUGCGCACCACGCCCCUCCAGCUCACCUGCAGGCAGGACCAACUGGCUGUGGCGGUCUGCAACCUGCAGAAAUACCCUCAGGACCUCCCCCUAGACUACCAGUACUUUGACCAUAUCCCUGGUGUGUCUGUGAGGGACCUGGCUGCUUACGGUGGAGCUGUGGAGAUCGCUGACUACUGUCCCUUCAGCCAGGAGUUCAGCUGGCAUCUGAGUGGCGAGCACCAACGCAACUCCUACUGCAGGGUCCCGGAAAACCAGCCCGAUGUGUGGAGGAACUACGGAGCUGAGCAGUAUGGGCCCGACUCGGUGUGUUUGUACCAGAACUCAGCAUUUGUUAUGGAGCAGUGUACCAGGCGCAUGACCUACCCUGACUGGGGAAGUGGCUGCUAUAAGGUGUCUUGCUCUAACCAGGGUUUGUCAGUAUGGGUGCAUGGCACUGCCUUUCACUGUGUACGUACAGGUCAGCUGCUGAGUGUCAGUGUGCGUGUUAAUGACUGGGUCUACAAUGGCGUUCUCGUUUGUCCUGCCUGCCCAGACUUCUGUAGUGUCUGCCCACUACCUCAUGAGUUCCCGCCCUUUGAUACUACCAGGAGACUUCCUAUUGACCCAUGCUCCUGCUCCUCCAGUUUAGUGGUGACUCUGUGGCUUUUACUGUUCAACCUCAUUCCUCUGCUAGCUGGAUGUAUCCUGUGUGUUUUGAACUGACAGACAGACUGUAACGUUCUCUGCCUGACUGCAUCCUAAAUGACACCGUAUUCACCAAAUAGUGCUCUACUUUUUAGCACAGGCCAAAAGUACUGCUGUAUAUAUGUAGAGAAUAGGGUGCAAUCUGGAAGUCUGUUUAACAGUCAACCAUACUUUGCCAUCCCACAACCUCAGGCGUCAUAUUCCAGGGUUACACAGUCCAGUUGGAAAGAAUUGUAUCCUUGGAUAAAACAUAAAGGAAAAGUCAGGAAUGUCGUACAGUGAUCAGUCACAUGAACCCUGUUGAAAUCAGGGAAACGUGAUACUUUUGAACAAAUGUGUUGUUUCUUAAUUCCAAAUAUACUGAAAAAUGUGUAUGUUGUAAAUGUAAUUAUCUGAAAGAAGGAUAUCAACCACAAUACCUUAUUUGUUGCUGCAUUUCUACGACCAUGAAUAUUCAUUAAAACAUAGUACAUAUAAUUAGUGAAAACAAUACUAACAUCCUAGAAAAGUAUUUGCUUAAGAAAGGCAAUGGAAAUUGGUGGGAACUGUGCUACAACUGGGAUUGAAGACUGAUUGAAAUGCCUAGUACCGUCAGUCCCCUCACGACGCCCUAGAACAAAGGCUUUAGAAAAUGGUGAACAUUAAUUUGGUCAGCUAGAAUGGUGACUAUUGAUUGCACUUUUAUUUUGUUUAUCAAAUAUUAGAACACGAUUCUAGUUAAGAAAAGCAAAAACUUUAGAGUUGCAGUAGGGUCUUGGUGCUACUUUAUAAAUGACCCCCUAUUCUAAGACCAGUCAAAAGGGGAGAGUAGCAUGGAUAUUUUAAAUUUUCUAAGAUUGUUGUUCAAAGGUGUUGAACCUUAAACCUCAUGGAUCUAUUUUCAUUCACUCCUUCACUCACCCCUUUACAUUUUGUGAUAUGCUGUCCAGUGAUUCAAUGCCACUGAAUGUAACAAUGCAGUAUUGUAAUUUAGGACGAUACUUAUUCUUUUUGUUCAUUUGUGGCACACUGAAAGUCUUUCACUUUUGAUGAAUAUGUGAUUAUUUGUCUGUUAUUUUAUACAGUUGUUUUCCUAGCUGCAUGCAUGAAGAGGCAAAGAUAUAGGCUGAAAUAAACAUGACGCUUGAUUAUUUCAAUGUAUUAUAAAUGACAGUCAGGAUAGUAACACAAAUGCUUUAUGUAGGUUUUAAAGGAGAUGUACUUAAUUUUCUCCCACCUUGUGGAAGUUAGCUGAGUUAUAGCAGCAGCUUUGAUUCAACUCUACCGUUGUAGCACACUCGCUCUACCUUCUGUUUUGGUCAGCCAGCUUACAAAAGCUGUAAAAAAUAUAUUUAAAAAAUAUAAAAAAGUAGUUAAAAUAUAGAUGCAUAUAGACUAUUCAGUGCUUGUUGUCUAACUUGAACAGAAACUGCGUGAGCUCUGGGGAAUUUUCGCAAACUAUCCAGGAAAUGACAGAGGGAUAGAAUUGACUAUGUAACAUGACUAUUUUAUUUGAAUAUAUAUUUAUUAUUUUAAAAAGUGUGAUUUUGAAGUGUGAUGCCUUUAAAUACCCUAUUACAAGCCAGAGAGUUAGAAAUUCACCGUCAUACAAAAUUGGGAAUAGUGAAAAGCCAUCAUGUUCCUCUGUUGAAUUUAAUAGUUACAGGGCGUUAUUUCUUAGUAACUUCAUUUGGGAAGAUUUAUUAAUGAAAUUUUAUAGUACUCAUGUUCAGUGUAAUUUGAUUAAAAGCAGCAGUUACUAUAUAGUGUGAUAUGUUUAAUGUCCCAUUGUCUCUGAUGUAAGCCCACUGUAUUUUGGAUUGUUGACUUAUUUCACUCAAGUGACUGUUAUUUUGUACAUAAUUCUUGUUUUAUUUAUUAUUUAGUAUUACCAUCAUUUAAAGCUUCUCUGGAUAUUUCUCAAAAGCACUGGACAGCACAUUUCCUGAUUUGUAAAGUCAGGUAACUGCAGUUAAUUUGGCUCUUUAGCCUGACUCUUCUAAGUUUAAUGGUGCAUGAUAUGGCUUUUUAUAAAUAUCACUGAAGAUUACGAGAUGGCAGAACUUUAACAUUACCUAUAAUCAAACAGUACUCCCUACAUACAGGAGUAUGUAAAGACCUAAUUGCACUACUGUUAAAGUGCCACUGACCUACCAUUUUCUUUGUCUUGUCCUGUUUAGUGUGUGAAUAGUAGCAUAGCAUUAUGGUUUUAAUGCUACUGCUGUUUCUCAAGAAUUAAACAGUGAAUGCAAUAACUACACUAUGAUAAAGAAAUGAGCAGCUAACCAUAAUUAUUUUGUGUUCACUUGUAUGCACACUAGUUUAAAAGAUACUAAUGAAUUUGCUAUGUUGUAGAUCUUUAGAAUUUUUUUCACAUUCAUUAUCGAUGUUGUAUUUCUAAGGGGAUAAAUUAUUUUAUUCACUUUUGUUGUUUGUACCCAUGCAAUUGCCUGCAGUAGAAUGUAUUAUUUUUUUCUUUUUGCAGUUCAUUGCAUUCUGGAGCAGUGCAUUUAUUUAAAUAUUUUCAAUGUUGUACAAAAGUCGUGUGUGUGUGCGUGUGUGUGUUGGUUUUUCCCAAUAAGGAGCAACAUGACCUUUGUGUGAUAUAAUAAAAAAAAUAAUAAUACACCACAUACCUGAAAUCUUUGCUUAAUGUACAGAGACCAAAGUUAUUUCUAUGCAGAAAUCUAGGGUUUUCUAUUGUACAUAAAUUAGAAGAUGGCGUAAAUUCACAGAUUCCUGUUAACUCAUCAAAUUACUUUGUAUUGCUAUUGUUUCUUAUUUCACAGUAAAAGGGCUGCUUUGUCAAUUGCUUUCAGACGACAAUUCAAACAAUCAAAAUAAAUUACUGAAACGUGAA